AGCUAACAACAUGCUGCCUGCUGUUGUAAAGCUCUGCUGUGGAAUCUCCUAUCCACAUCUCAGGAGUAUGGCAGGACUUCAACGCAGAGCUGUAGCAGUGAUAGGCCAGGAGAUCACACACCUGCAGCGAUGGGGUCAAGCCCAACCUAACAUAAGAACGCGAGUUGGAUUAAAUCACAAUGAUGCCAAACUUGAAGAUAUAAAGCCUGCGCCAGUGAACGAAGAUCAGGUGUUCUAUGUGAAAAAAGGACAAGAAGCAAUGCAGAAGGCUCUCAGUAUGUUGGAGGCCAGAGAAGGAUGGAAAGUUGAAAUCAAAGAGGACAACGGGGAUGUGAUCUGCAGCAAAGUAAUACCAGGGGUUGGGAAAGUCUUCAAACUGGAGGCAGUCUUAGAGGCCAGUGUGGAGGAACUCUAUGAUCUCUUGUUUGUUAGAGUUGAGGACAUACACAAGUGGAAUCCAAGCAUACAACAUAUCAAAGUUCUGAAACACAUUGGACCAGAAACAAUUGUGACUCAUGAGGUAUCAGCUGAGACAGCAGGGAACCUGAUUGGCCAAAGGGAUUUCCUGAGCGUCAGACACAGCUGCAAACAAAAAUCCAGCGUUUAUCUUGGGGGAGUAGCAAUCCAUCUGGAGUCGUUUCCACCUCAGGCAGGCUUUGUGAGAGCGGAGGAUGGACCAACCUGCAUUGUCAUUAAAGCUCUGGAGAUGGACACAACAAAAAGUAGCUUCACGUGGCUUCUUAACAUGGAUGUAAAGGGCUGGCUGCCUAAGUCCAUUGUCAAUCAGGGUUUGCCUCGAGCACAGCUGGAUUUCACAAGACAUCUCCGCAGACACCUCAGCCAGAGAUGACUGAGUCUGUAUGAAGGCCAAACUGCAGCAGCACCUUGACAACCCCCACAGAGGUAGAUUGGGAGAUGAAGCAUGGUGACAGACUGGCUGUCUGGCAAGACACUUCCAUUUUGAAGAGGAGAUGCUGAGCUUACAGCAGAGCUGGCAGAAACCAGUGCCAGCCCAGCAGAAGGAAGCAGGUUUACAAUAGGAAUUAAUGUCAUGUUGAGCCACUUAAACCUCAUUAAUAUUUCCUGUUUAACAGACAUAACUUGUCUCUUGAUACAAGAUGCCUACAUGACUGGAAAGAAUUAAUAAAUAAUUUGAAUAUGCUGAUA